GACGCGGAGAACAUGAGGCUUCCCUUCUGGUUCCUUCUGGCCGUGGUCUUGAGCAUGGAGCUAGCUGUAACACAGGGCCUGCAAUGCCACCUGUGCAAGGGAUUUGGAGGAUGCUCUCGCCCGUCUAGCUGCCCAUGGAGCUCCACCCACUGUGUCAUCAUUGCCACCCGUUCUCCCAUCAGCUUUACAGAUCUGCCUCUGGUGACGAAGAUGUGCUACAGUGGCUGUCCUGAUGUCUCCAGCUUGGGCUUAGGUCCUCAUGUAUCCAUCGCCUGCUGCCAGUCCAAUCUCUGCAACAGGGACUGACCACACUCCUCCACUCCCAGCUGGCUCCACAGAACAAUGCCAUGCCCCUUGGUUAGGCCUGGUCCUUGGAGAUCACUCCAGCUUGGCUAUCCCAAAGCCCCCACCCCAACUCACACUUCUUUGGGAGGUUCUGAAUGAAGUCCUGUGUAAAUCCACUG